AGAGAAAGUGCAUUAAACAACCCAAUCAGCCUAGUCAAUUCAUUAGGCAAGCAGUGCAACAGGUAGAUUGAUCUAAAACUCCGACGACUCCACAAUGCGUAGAUCAAUUGUCAUCUUAGUCAUGGUCUUGCUGAAGCAGACGGCAACUCAAAUUUUGCCGACUGACUGUAAUCAACUUGAGCCUAUUUCUGUGAAUGAAGUAGAGUUUGUGCAAAAGAAAGACGACGACUUUGAUCAGGGUAUAACAUCAAGCGCUGCCCGGCCUGCGAGGAACCCUGUUCAGGCUACGGUAGCCAAGAUGUAUGCUGACGGGGUCAGAGCUGGCACCAUUGGCUCCAUUGUGGAACCGGUAUCUGGAUGUCAGAAUGACACGGGAAGCACCGGAAGUACACAGCUGGCAGAUGUGAACCUGUAUGUCAGGUACCUGACAUUUGUCGACUGGUCACCGAUUGAUUUCAAAAAGUGUUGCCCCGCCUCCCAGAACUAUGGCUGCCGCAGUACCAACACCAUCAUGCCGUGUUUUUAUUAUCCCGUCAACGGCCUGCUAACUUGGUGCUGUCCACUACAGAGAAUCUCCAUCGCCAACUGCAACUGCUGGAAAUGUGGAAUAUUCUGCAAAGACUGCUUCUACGUGGGGCAGUGCCAGAGACGAUACAACUUCGUCAAAUUUGCUGCCGUCUGCUACACCAAGUUCUGGAGCACCAUCUACUUCUUCACCAGGUACUUGCCCACCAGCUGCUACUGUAAGCAGAUCUAGAGCAGAUGAUCAGGUGACCUCGACAUAAGACCUGGAGAUGCCCUCGACACAAGAACAGCAACACGCAUGCGUUAUCUUCGCUGUUUCGUUCAUUAGGAUAUAAUAAACAGAGACAUACAAACAAAAAAAAACAAAUGUCAUUUCAACAUUAGGAUUUUCUUAAAUUAUACAGUAAAAACAUUUAAAAUUA